UUCCAUACCCCAAGAUGCUCUCUCUCUCUCUCUCCUUACUACUCCACUCCACACUCUGAUCUCGAAGUCCACUGUGUUGUCGCAGUGGGUGAGAGUGAAAUCCAAAAAAAACAAUGAGCCAAGUAGAAGAGACGAUGACGAUGAUGAAUUGCGUAUACAAGAACCCCAAAGAACCAAUCGAGUCUAGAAUCAAGGAUUUGCUCUCUCGAAUGACCUUGAAAGAGAAGCUCGGCCAGAUGACUCAGAUCGAACGAGACGUCGCCACUCCUUCCGUCCUCCGUGACCUCUCCAUAGGGAGUAUACUGAGUGCUGGUGGAAGUGGACCGUUCGAGAAGGCACUGUCUUCGGAUUGGGCGGACAUGGUAGACGGAUUUCAGAAGGCAGCACUUGAGUCACGGCUCGGGAUUCCGUUGAUCUAUGGGAUCGAUGCUGUUCAUGGCAACAACAGUGUCUAUGGUGCCACCAUUUUUCCUCACAACAUUAGUCUUGGAGCCACCAGGGACACAGAUUUGGCGUAUAAAAUUGGGGUUGCGACGGCUCUUGAAGUUAGGGCUAGUGGGAUUCCCUAUAAUUUUGCUCCCUGCAUUGGUGUAUGCAGAGACCCCAGAUGGGGACGAUGCUAUGAGUGUUACGGUGAAGAUACUGAAAUUGUUCGAAAGAUGACUACCAUUGUAUCAGGCUUGCAGGGGCAACCACCUGAAGGGCACCCGAAGGGCUACCCAUUUUUAGCUGGAAGAGAUAAGGUUGUUGCAUGUGCCAAGCAUUUCGUUGGUGAUGGAGGUACCGACAAAGGUAUAAAUGAAGGGAAUACUUUAGCGUCAUAUGAUGAUUUAGAGAGGAUCCACAUGGCAGCUUAUCUGGACUGUAUUUCUCAAGGAGUUUGCACAGUUAUGGCAUCAUUCUCGAGCUGGAAUGGAACCAAAAUGCACUCUCACCAUUUUCUCCUAACUCAGAUUUUGAAAGAUAAGCUGGGUUUUAAGGGUUUUGUGAUUUCAGACUGGCAAGCACUUGACAAGCUUUCUGAUCCUCACGGCUCAAACUAUCGCAAUUGCAUUUCAUCUGCAGUCAAUGCAGGAAUUGAUAUGGUGAUGGUCCCUUUAAAAUAUGAAUUAUUUCUGGAGGAUAUAUUGAAUCUGGUGGAAUCAGGAGAGAUACCGAUGGCCAGGAUUGAUGAUGCUGUUGAAAGAAUUCUGCGAGUGAAAUUUGUUGCCGGUCUCUUUGAAUAUCCCAUGGCUGAUAAGUCUCUGCUAGAUACAGUUGGUUGUAAGAUGCACAGAGAACUAGCACGUGAAGCAGUUCGCAAGUCCCUGGUACUGCUGAAGAAUGGAAAGGACCCAAAGAAACCAUUUCUUCCAUUAGAUAGGAAUUGUAAAAAGAUUCUUGUUGCUGGAACACAUGCUGAUGAUCUUGGAUAUCAGUGCGGAGGUUGGACAUUUAAUUGGUCUGGGACCAGUGGCAGAAUUACCAUCGGUACAACCAUUUUGGAUGCCAUCAAAGAAGCAGUAGGAGACAAAACUGAAUUGAUAUACGAGCAAAACCCAUCGCCAGACACCUUUACCGGUCAAGAUUUCUCUUUUGCCGUUGUAGCUGUGGGUGAAUGUCCAUAUGUAGAAGAUGGUGGCGGCGACCCAGAACUCAUAAUUCCCUUUAACGGAGCUGAACUCAUUAGCUCAGUUGCUGAGAGAGUUCCCACAUUGGCAAUUCUCAUCUCUGGAAGGCCCGUAACUCUAAAGCCUGAGCUUUUGGAGAAGAUAGACGGUCUGAUCGCUGCUUGGUUGCCCGGCAGCGAAGGAGGUGGAAUCACAGAUGUCAUCUUCGGAGAUCACGAGUUCCAAGGACGACUUCCAGUGACGUGGUUUAAAAGUGUUGAACAAUUGCCAAUGCAUGUUGGGGAGGACUCUUAUGAUCCUCUCUUUCCCCUCGGAUUUGGGUUAAGAUGCAAUAACAAGAGGCUUUCAGACUAAGGCCUUAGUUUCUCUGAGUGUGUUUGUUAAAUUCUUAUCACCAACUUGCAUAGUAGCUCAGUUGUCAGAGGUACUAAGCUUUAGUAUGUAGCCUUCAUUGUAUGUUUGCAUUUCACUUAUUGUAUGGUGGCUUAUUCCAGGAUUUAUAGUAGUAAUAUUUCCCAUACUUGUAAAGAAAUAAAAUGAUAAUAAUAAAUAAAUAAAAGGGUUUUUUUUUUUU